AUGGUACCUCUUCUUGGUGUGGCAGUGAUGUUGGGAUCAGUCGAUAAAGUCUCUUUGGCAACUGCGGCAGUGAUGGGUUUCCGAGAAGAUACACAUCUAGUAGGCCAGCAAUAUUCACUUACAUCAUCAGCGAUUUACUUUGGGGCUAUCGCUGCUAUCAUCCCCUCGCUCAUGUUGAUGCAGAGAUUACCACCACAUAUCUAUAUUUCUGCCAAUGUUACUAUCUGGGGGAUCAUCACCUUGUUUGGGUCUGAUCGUAUCGAUGUGGUGAACCCGAGACGAGCAACCUAUUCGAACAGCCUUUAUCUUUUCCACCGUAUCCUCCCUCUUCAACGGGAUUUUCGCGCCACACUGGGAUGGUCAUUCCUUCUGUGGGGUUUCUUACCUGCAAAUCCAACUAAGGCUAGAUGGUUAUCUUUGAGACAGAGAGUGGUCGCUACUAGACGAAUGCAAGAUAAUCAUACGGGUAUCGAAAAUAAGACUUUCAAGAGAGAUCAAUUUAUCGAAGCGUUCUUAGAUCCCAAAACGUGGUUCUAUUUCCUCAUCAAUAUCUCACUCAACGUACCGAAUGGUGGUCUAGUAGGAUUCAACUCUAUUGUAGUUAAAUCACUUGGUUUCACAACACAGACAACUCUUCUUUUGGGUAUCCCAACAGGUCUCGUCUCUUGGUUAUCUUCCUUCUUCUGGGGUUGGGUCGCCACUAAAACGGGAAAACGACAUCUCAGUGCGAUGGGUUCUUGUAUUCUCCCAUUGAUCGGCACUUUCCUCUUGUACAAAUUGCAAAGAAACUCGGUAGCUCUUCUUUAUCUCUACUUGUGUUACAUGUACUGGGGCCCGUACAUUGUCAUGAUGGGAUCGAUGUACGCCAAUACCGGUGGGUAUACUAAGAAACUCACUGUGUACGCUAUGAGCUAUAUCGGGUAUUGCGUUGGUAACAUUAUCGGCCCUCAAACAUUCUUGACCAAACAAGCGCCAUUGUACGUAGGCGGAGUCGUCGCGAUGUUAGUCUGUUAUUCCGCUGCUUUAGUCUUGAUGGGUCUCUUCUGGCUUUACCUUCGGUAUUUGAACGCCAAGAAAGCAACAGAGUACGAACGCCUCAAGACUCAGUUGGAAUCGGAAGAUCAACUCUUGAGUGACUGGCAGGAUUUGACGGAUAUCAAAAACCCUCGAUUCGUCUAUGCGUUGUAA